AAAGAGCCGCGAAAAUGUGCGUAACGAAUGACAGGUGCGCGCGCACGCGCGUACGACUGCGUAUCGUAGAACAGGUGAUGUGUGUGUUACAUAUCUAUAAUGUCUUAUGACUGCCGUCAUCGUGCAUCUAAUCAUCGCGCACGAUCUGUUGGACGGACGACCUGAUACACUUGGCUGUGAUAAUCACCCGAGUGCCCGUUGCGCUCGCGGAAUACGUGCCGUGAUGGCCCACGAAAUAACGAUGGCGAGGUAGAAUCGUGUUCCCGAGAUCGCGGAGCUGAUACUGGUACGUGGUGGCCGAGAGUGGCCGAGAGUAAGAACGUCAUCGUCAGUCUUUUACGCGAUAAAGGAGAACCAUGGCUUUCCCGCCUUUAGUCAGCUCAACACCUCCGCCCUUAGACAACUUCGGAGAGUCCGACGAAGAUGAAUUCGGAGACUUCACAGCUGGCGGAAUAGAUGGUUUAUCUGUUUCAUCAGAAUCCCCGCAGAAACUGAUCACUCCGAUACAAACACCAAUAAUAUCACAGAACGUAUCUCCUAGGAUAAAUGGUAUUAACGAGUCACCAGUAUUAGACGGUUGCUCUAAAAUAAACAAAGCCUUGAAAUGUGGCGUCAUUGAUGACCUAUUGAUUGUCGAGAAGGGGGAGGAUAACGUGAGCCAUAUAAGAUUGAAAGAUAGAACAGAUAAUAGUAGCGUAUUGGAAAACAAUUUCGAAAAUAUUAGUAUUACAAAACACAAUGUAUUAGAUGUACCUAGAAAUGGCGAGUUGCAUAAAGUUGAGACUAGUAAUAGCAUUGAUCACGUUUGUACUCAGAAUGUUUUAGCUAAGGAAAAUUUUGUUGAUACAGAUGUAAUUAGUAGCAACAAUAGUAGUUUAGCUGAUAGUAUAAAGACAGUCAGUGAGCAAGAGAGAUCAUCUAAUGGUUUGGAGGCAAAUGAUGAGAUAGAACCUACAAGCUUGGAUUUGGAAGAUCCUACAAGUACGCCGGAUAUUCUGCAACAAUUGGAUGACGAUUUUUACAAUUACGAACAGUUCAAAGAUUCCAGUGAGUGGAAUGAUACUGUUUGUGAUAAAAAGACAGAUGUGACUAUGACAGUUUUAGAGACGGAAUACGAUAAUAAGCCUAAUUCCAUAGACACAGAAUGCAAUGUAACAGAUGAAAUAGGAAACACUUACACGCCAUAUGGCGAGAAUGAUGUCUGUGUCAAUCAUAUUAAUGAUAAAUCUACUUUCAUUCAUGAUGAAAAGACAAUUUCCAAUUUUGUUACCUCGCAAGACAUUAAUGUAGACAGUACUGAUGUUUUUAGUCAGCCAGACUGCGAAUAUAGUAUUCAACCAAAAUAUAUAGAGAUGUACGAUGUAAUAUCUAAUGGUGAGACGAGCAAAUCGAGUAAAACCUUAAAUGAUUCUUUCAAUUUUGAUUUUACUUUUGACGAUGCUCUAAGAGAGAAAUCAAAUUUAGAUUGUACAUCCAUAUAUAACGAAGACAUUUAUGUUCAAAAAUCUAAUAUGAAAAACGAUGAGAGUUUUCCUAAUAACAUUUGCGAUAAAGGUGAUGUAGAAAGUAUCAUACAAUCAAAAGAAAACGAAUAUGUAGUUGUAGAAACAAAGAAUCAAAUUGUUCAAAAAACAGGUAUGAAUGGGGCAAUUGAUGAAAUUUCUGCUUAUGAAGAAAAAAACUCGAAUAACGAAAAAAUAAACAGACAGCAUAUUCCGGAAGAUGACUACGACGCAUAUAAUCUACAUAAUUCCGACUUUACGGAAUUUAUGGAGCAUAAAGGUUUUGACGGUGUAUCGAAAUUGCCAAGUAGUUACAAUCCGAUAUCCAUUAAUAGUGAAUGCGAAACAGUACAAAUUCAUGACGCAUUUUCUUCCGAUAUGUCUUGUAUACAAAAAUUUUCAUCAAUUGAAGAAGCUUCACUGCCAUCUACUAAUACAUCCCUUGACUGCUUAAAAGAUAAAGUUAAUCUUACAAAUACUGCGAGCGAAUGUGCCACAUAUAAAAGCGAAAAUUCUGUAGUAUAUUUUAGCGAUGGCGAAUUUUAUGAUUUCCACUUACAAAGUAUGGAGCCAGCCACCGAAGUACAAGAAAACAAUUAUUCUGAUUUUGAAAGCGCGGAUAACGAAGACGAUGAUUUUGGUGAUUUUACUAAUUUUUCGAAUGCAACAAUAGAAUCGAAAUUAAAUGAUGAUGCUAAAGAAAUGAAGGUACGUGAGGACAAUGAUGAUUUCGGAGAUUUCAGCAAUUUUGAAACAUCAAUGGGUGUAGUAGAGACACAGCAGUUUAAUUUGAAAGAAUCUAUAUGUCGGAUAGAAAACAAGAAUGCCGCGAAUAAAAUAGAAGAUAUAAUAACAAAUAUGUUUCCAAUAAUUCCUGAACAUCAUGAAGUCGAGUUAAAAUCUUUAAUAGAUGAAACGGAUAAAGUUUGGCAAAAUGUGAAAAGUGUGGAAGAAACUAAUGCUCUCACCUAUCAAUGGGCAAAUAGUGGUAGUAACAAUGUUCUUCUAAAUGCUCUUGGUAUCGAUUCCCGGAAUAUUCUAUUCGGGCCGAGAUGGAAUCCGAAUAUACCAAGGUUUGCUGCAAAUCUUGGCUUUACUCCGUUGGAGCCGAUUAAAGCUACCGUUGAGUCUCAGCAGCCUUCAACAUCCAACGCCAGCAGGAUGCAAGGCGCGGCUUGUUCAGAUGAAGUACCCGCUGCCCAAUUUGAUUGGAAUAGUUCUGGUCUUGUAAAUCCUCUAGAUGCUAGUGGUGGUGGGUUGUCCGCUCUUCUGCCUCUGGAUUUGUUGUGUCCGUUUGAUCCUCUAUUAACACCCCAUUGCUCCACACAUUCCGAAUCCUAUCAUCAGUCAGCUUGCUCAACAAACUCCGUGUAUUACUAUCCAUCAGAAGUACAAGAACCAAGCAGUCAGCUUGUAAAAUCGCAAAAUUUACUCGAAUUUACUAAUAAUUCGCUAAAACAGCAAAAAUCGUCUCAAACGUCCAAGAUAAUAGAACCAUUGCCAGGACCAUGUGCAGUAGAAUGGAAGAAGAAAGUCGAACAAGAUUUCGGAGCAAAGCAAAAAGGCAGCCAGUCGCAUAAAGCUUUGAGAAAUGUUCCGCCGACCAACAAUAAGUCGUUUUCGGUAAGCAAUAAUAUUUCCAAAGUACAUGAUUAUCAUAGAAAGACAUCGGUAUGUAGAAAAGAGAAUACGCAAGGUACGGAACACGUGGUCAUGGAUCGAUAUGGUCGACCGAUGACCGUGCAAGCUGAAACCGCGAAGAUUCUGAAUCAGUUACCGGAUCUGUCGUUCUUAAACGCGAGAACUCUGUUGUUCAAUCGCGAGCAGAAGCAGAUCGUGCCGGAUCUGGGCGCAGUGAUAAAUCGGAAGAUGCCCGGCUGAGUAACAUCGGUCUGAAUGCGAGUUUGAAAGGGGCAAACGCGAGAGGAAACCUCCCGGAGAACCUGUUGCGAAUUGAACGUUUCUCAAUGACCCAUACAAUCAAAACGUACUUCUGCUACCUUUCAAACCUGUGUUCAGACCAACCUCUGAUCCAACCUUGGCUCUUCCGCGUCUGAAAAGGAUAACAAGACGCGUACGUGUGUACGUAAAAUUCCUGUAUUAUUCAUCUAUUCGCUUGCGGCACCGAGCAAUGCACUUUGACAUUCCGAACCAUCAUUGUUUUGUGAUUUUAUAGCGCUAUUGAGAAUUAUUGUUAUUGAAUCCUUUAAAGGAACUUUUACUUCGUUAUGCAAUUAUAAUUUAAUAUUGCACUAUCGUUUCGGCUUAUGUAAGUUUGUUCUGUUAGCUCAACGGUUGCAUAAUCCUUACUGGAAACAGCAACAUUUUAUGUCCCUAAAUUAAAUAGAUUUAAGAAUUCACACAUAUUUGGCCAUGUUCUAGUCUACAGUUCUUAACACAUAAGUUUUAUGUAUUAUAUGUUAGGAAAGAUUCGUUAAAGGGAUAUUUUCAAUUAUAAUUGCGAGCAAUUAAGCAAUCGAAAAGAUUAUAUUAUACGUUUUUAUCUUGUACGUUAAAUUUACCUGCAAAUUCUUCUGAGAUUAUUCUUAGAUGAGCAGAUCCGAAUAUUAACCAUAUACAUUCGAGAUAUCGCGCGUACGAUAUUCAUCUAUUACAAUUUCAAGCAAUCGUAAAUAUUUCCAUAAUAUAGAGUUAUAGAGAAGAGAAAAUACACACACAUAUAUUUAACUCUAUUCAAAAUAAAAACUAUAUACUAAUCGUAAGUCAAUUAUCAAUUAGAUUGACGAGAAGAUUGAUAUCUGUAAUGAAAUCGUCGAGUGAUAUCGCAUAUAUCAAAUUCGCUUGAUGCUUUUAUUGCACAUUUUGAAUUUCUACUGUGGAACGAUGUACUUAAUUAUAUGUAAAUGUAAAGGCAUUUGCAUAUUGAUUAUUAAACCGCGAAACGCGAUAAGCUAAAGUAAUAUUACCAUUACCGAAUUCGUUAUUUAUUAAUGAUAAUAUUGUAAUAUAUAUUUUAUGUAAAAUAUUGUGGAUAAUAUUAACACAUAGGCAAUCUUUGACAAUUGAA